AUGCUCCUUCUGACAAUCUUAGUCUUCUUCUGUGCGUUCGUGAGCUCCUAUCGACUGCAACCAGGCUCUAUACCGAUUGUUGCCUCUCAGUCACCCCUUAAACCCAAAUUUACCCCCGAACCUAUCGAUGUCCAGGUGUACAGCAAUUUGUACAUAUACGCACAUCUCAUAGAUAUUGCUUAUUGUGUAGACAAGUUUCAUCGGAUUGAGGAGCCGUUCCAAUGUGAGCUCGAAUGCGCAAGCAGCUUUCCUAACAUGACAUUGGUUUAUCAGUGGUUCUUCGACGACUCUGUGUGCGGAUAUAUAGCUACCACCUACUCGAACAUUUUUGAGUACAACGACACAGAGACUUCAAAUGGUGAGCGGAAAAAGACUGUGAUCGUUUCUCUCAGAGGAACGCGGUCCUUGCACGAUACCUUAACUGAUUUGAAAGUGGAGAUGGUUCCGUUCCAUAACCUAGGUUCAGCGCUUCCAUGGUGCGGCGAAAAUUGCAAGAUUCACAAAGGAUUCUGGGCAUACUUCUACCGAACAAUGAAUGUUAUUGGCGACCUACUAUUAAGUGAGCUCGGUGACUGCGAAAACUACGAACUUGUUCUCGUGGGCCAUAGCAUGGGAGGAUCUGUAGCGUUAUUGCUUGCACUCCACUUCCUUGGUUUGGGAUACUCCCAGAUCACGCUCGUUACUAUGGGACAACCUUUAAUGGGAAAUAAAGACUUUACUACGUGGGCUGAUUAUGUUUUGGGCAGUUACUUGCCUCUAUCGCAUAAUACUUAUAAUCGCAAGUUCAUUCGCGUCAUUCAUAAAGGUGAUAUUGUCACCACAAUCCCUCGGGUUGGAAUGAGAUUUUACGAAAAGUAUCACCAGUUCGACAACCAAAUCUACAUUGAUACAGAAGCAUCCCGCACGAACCCACCUCCGGAAAAAGUUGUGGACUGUUACAAUGGAGAGAAUAAUGAGUGCAUAGCAGGUGACUUCCAAAUGAUGGACCAAAAUUAUUUCGAAAUACAUAAUACGUAUUUCCGCCGUCUUGGCAUGUGCGGAAUACAUUUAUUAUGA